AUGUCCACCGCGCGACCUGUCACCCUCCUCUCAGCUGUUCUCCUCAUAUACCCUGCGACAUUAUUACUCGGGUCUUUGUUUUCAGCAAUCUCUCCAACAGCGCGACACUCCAGAGAUUUGUCCGACUCUUUCCCGCAGCCUGCAGGCCCUCUGGCUCCAUCCCUGGCUUCAGACCUAUACCUAUCCGACGGCCCCGUUAACUACUUCGCCCGAAAGAAUAAUAUCUUCAAUGUCUACUUCGUAAAGAUUGGAUGGCUAUGGACCACAGCCGCCUUUGCCUCGCUUCUCAUAUUCCAACCCCUUUAUGCUUCGUCUCACCGGGAAUCCCUCUCACAGCAAGAAGCACGUUUCCGACGCACCCUCCAAGCCAUUCUACGAUACACACUCGCGACAACAGUAUGGUAUCUUGCAACGCAAUGGUUCUUCGGGCCGCCAGUCAUUGAUCGCAGUUUCGUGGCCACGGGCGGCAAAUGCGAACAGGCUAUCGAGGAAGUCGGGAGGAUAGCCGCUGGGCAGAGUAGCGCAACGGGCCUAGACGCGCUAUUCACAGCAACGACGUGCAAAGCCGCCGGUGGCGCAUGGAGGGGUGGACAUGAUAUCAGUGGACAUGUGUUGAUGCUGGUUCUGGCCACAGGAGUCCUGGCAUUUGAGGCUGUCGGGGCCAGCGCAUGCGCACCCGCAUGUUUGUCGCGUUCUGAUCCUGGGGACGCGGGACGUGAACGCAAGGCCAGUGAUGCUGAUAGUACUCCAAUAAUCGAUUCAAUUGAGACUGCCGGGUUCGCAAGAACGUGGUCGCUCCGUCUUGUUUGGGGUAUUAUUGCCAUGGGCUGGUGGAUGCUCCUCAUGACCGCGAUUUGGUUUCACACUUGGCUAGAAAGGUGGUCUGGUCUGUUGAUUGGUUUGGGAGCUGUGUAUGCCAUCUAUAUUCUUCCAAGACGGAUAGCACCAUUGGGGAACGUAAUUGGACAUCCGGGAGUAUAG